AUGGAUUGUGUAGGGCCACCUCGAAAGAGGCUGAAGCGAUCAAUCGACUCGAGACUGUCUCCAGGAGCAGCACGACCCAUAAUGGAGGACGAAAGCUAUGCAAAUGGUCGCAGCCAUGCCCAACUGCUUCAGAAUAUGUUGCAGAAUGGAGGUGCGAACGACACCAUAUCGCGAGCCACAUCCCCAGGUCAUGGAGUCAAUGGAAAUGACAAACAGAAACGCUACCGAACGCGGACAUAUCCAUACUUCCAGCACCUGCCAUAUAAAGCGGAGGAAGAAGCUGAGAGAGAUGCAGCUCUCGAGGAGAUUCUAAAGCAACUGUACACUGCGAUCAAAGCAGAGGACAUAUCACCAGGCGCUGUUCAUUGGACGAGAGAGCUCCGAGGAUGGCUCAACCUCAAAUUUGAGAUUACGAGAACUUUGCGCGUGAAGCUCGUCAAGCUUUACUAUAUGCUUGCACUAGCUCCUGGGUUGGACUAUGCCGCCGCGGAGCGAUUCGAGAGCAUGUUUCGUACACUUACCAAGAGAAAGCAUUAUCUUAAGCCCGGUGAGGAUCUAGUGCUGGAUUGGCGACCAUUGUGGAAACAAAUUAAAGAUAUCGUGCUGCCGUAUGAGGUUGCAACACACCAAUCGGCACGGAAACGCAGUCACAAAAAUAUCGCCAGCAUGUGUACAUAUGCGUACCAGUACUUUGAUGCAUCCGAAAGACAAGCUAUGCUGGAUGAGAUUUUGCCUUUCUUCAGCACUUCUGAAAUUACGGGUGCCUUCAUUGUGAUGGGAGCAUUGAAUAUGUUGAUGCCGACUCAUCCUGCACCAAAUGAACCCGGCCAGUUACAGCCCCAAGAUUACCUCCCGACAUUCUUUCAUUUAUGGUCAUUGGUAAACCGAUCGAAAGCCUUCGAUGUGAUCUUCUUUGAUAUAUUCUCCCGCCUAGCCCGAGAUUCGUUGGAAUGCGAACACAUCGAGUUCUCUGAGUAUGGCAUUUUUACUAAGGACCAGUCAGAUUUAAUUUUUACAGCAUUAUUACGGCUGACAGAAAUUCCUGUCGGUCAAGCAACCUCUCCAUACUGCCAAAUGGUAGACCUUGGCGCUGGUCUUGGUUUAUAUCUUGAAAAAGACAAAAAGAAGAAUCCCAUAGGUUAUGCUAUUGCGAGAUGGGUAGUAAUGUCAUUAUCGCCUUCUUGCAUUGACAAACCAGGUUCAAUACUUUCCAAUUUAGAAGGCAUGAUGGAAUCGAUUGAUACUUUCUUCCACCCCUCCAAUCAAGGAAACUGGACAGAUAUGUUAGCACAAAUCGUCUUCCAUUUGGUGGACUUUUUCGUUAUGCGGUGGAACAAAGAACAGAGUGGUGAGAUGGCGACUCCUCCAGAACGUCGUAUAAACGCUGAGCUCAAAAGACGUUUUGUGCUUAGUUUGAAGGAAGUCAUGUUUAUGGGCCUUUUUUCUAAGAAGUCCAAGCCAUUGAAUUACUUCUUUGGAGCUAUUCAAGGACUAGCUUACCUGGAGCCUCACUUGAUUCUUCCAGGAGCUCUUCAGCGGUUUUACCCCUCACUACAGGGAUUAGUAGAGGUCCAUCGAACGCAAUCAUCUCUUUGUGGACUGCAGAUGACAGCAAAUGUUAUGUCCAAGCACAAGGGACUACGUUGCCAUGUCACUGCCUUAUUAGCCUUAGCGUUACCAGGUAUUGAUGCCAACGAUUUGUCGAAAACUCAGCAUACGCUCAAUUUUAUUCAGUCUGUCGCAUACAGUAUACCAUUUGCCGACCUUACAAAUUCAUCGGAUGAAAUCCAUGAUACUACGCUAGCAAUUCAAUGGGUGCAGGGUGAGAUGGAACGUAUGGAACGGGAGGGUCCUAAUGUUCAGAUUGAUUAUACAACUGAGCUGAGCGAUGAAGAUGAGGAAAAUAUCCUGCGAUCUUCUACGGCUGGAUUUGGCGAAUUUGUUAUGGCUUUACUCGGAAAGGUCUUCACUCUUCUAGAAAAUCUUCCUGAAGCAUCUCGCGUUCGAUCAGGAUCUCCGGAGGAAGCGGUCAUCAACACACUUCCUGCUGCGUUGACUCCCUUAUUUGCGGCGCUCUCACCUGAGAACUUUGAUAAAGCUCUAGACAAGGUGGCUUCUUUUGUUCAGAACCAUGUUGUCCAUCAAGCCCGGGACGCUAUGGCAUUCAUUUGUAAUGCUCUCUGCAAAGCCAACCCCGAGAAAACAUUGAAGAGAUUUGUUCCCAUGCUAGUUGUUGGCAUUCGCAAUGAAAUCGAUACUAAUGAUGCUGCAUCCGACCGCAGUAGCGGUACUGAUGUACUCCCUCGAGAUCGAGCAUUGGUAUGGCAUAUUAGUAUGCUCAGCAUGAUUAUCGUUCAUGUCGGUGAUACGCUCAUGCCUUACAAGACCGAGUUAUACGACAUCGCUCUUUACAUGCAAGAGAAAUGCAAAGGAAUUCCGACGAUUCACAUCUCCAAUUACAUUCACCACUUUCUUCUCAACCUUACCCUCAUCUACCCGGUUGACGGAGCAUUAUACGAACCCGAAGUCUUUGAGAAGGGACUUGAUGUCAACGAUUGGGGCAGACCCCUGGAUCCACGGGACCUAACCAUUAAGUGGCAUUUGCCAAGUAAGGAAGAACUCGAAUUCGCCGUUAAGCUGUUCGAGUCACAAGUUGACACAGCUGUAUCGCGGUUAACAAACCUCAUUAGCGACAGUCCAAAAAUAAGUAGAAAGGGCAAGAAUAAGGAAUGGUCCGACGAGGUGUCGCGGAAUCUUGCCCAGAUACGGCUCAUCAUCUCUGGUGUCGCCACUCUGUUUGAUCCUAAGAGAGCAUCAGCUGGUACAGAUCAAAAUGGCGAUAGUAACAUGGAUAUUGUCGAACCAGAAUUAGAGGACGAAAACCCACUCGCUGAAGCCGCUGAAGACGCCGAGACACGACCUCAGUUCCAUUACCGUGCGGGUUAUCUGCUUGAGAAAGAUAGUGCUUUGUACAAUCACAUCCACUCUUUACGCGAAGACGUGGGCCAUUUACUCUCCAAAAUACAUAACUUCUUGGUUGAGCAGCAGGAAGAUGACGUUGCCUGCUUUACAGCACUCUACUCCGCUUACCGCACCUGGAUAAUCGAUGUGGGUAAUGAGCGCUCCGCCCAUAUGCUUGAGCGUGUCACGAGACUAUACGCGAGCGACAUUCGAGCCUUCAAGAUUAGUGGCCUGCGAAAAGUAUAUCCUCGGCCACUUCUUGUAAGACGAGCUGGAAUCUAUCAUUUCCAUCGAGUCAAGCACAAUUCUUCUGCAAGACACAAAUCAGAACUUGACAAAACGUUGCUGUUGGAGCUAGCCGCGUCAGCUGUUUCUUCCUAUGCUGAAGUCCGAGUCAAUGCACAAUCAGCUUUGGAGGCGGCGCUGAAAAGUCUUUUAGCAGGACGUACACUCGUAGUCGCGCCACUGUUGAGUACCUUUCGGCAAGCGCUCGAGACUGAUGAUUUCGAUCGUAUCAAGGGGUCAUUAUACACUUUGUUCUUCGGUAGUCUUACUAAGACGAUUUCGAGGGAUUGGCGAUAUGCUCCCGAGUUGAUCGAGCUCUACAUUAAAUCAGCUUCGGUUGAUAAACCCUCGAUAGCAAAGAUCAGUGGUCAGUCUCUCUAUGGUGGCUUGGCAGAAUUCGGUAAAUCUUUAGAGCAUUAUAUGGUGAUUGAUCAAGACCUCGUCGAGACUAUUGCGCCACCCGAGGAUUGUAGUCAAAAGAUUACUUCUCGAAACAGCUUCAUCAAAGAAAGAAGAAGUAAGGUCGAGGCGAAAAAGGCGGCACUAUCGCUGAGACUUAUCGAUAUCUGCAAGAACUCACAUUGGAGGAUAGCUGCGCGAUGUGCAAUAUUCAUCUUGAACAGUGGUCUUCGAAUCCAGACACUUGCAUCGCCAGCUUUGAUUGACCUUGCUGUCAAAGGUUCCAUUGAUGAUCAUCCAGGGCUUAGGUCUAGCUAUGGUGAAGCAUUCAUCCGAAUUUUCCUCUUCAUCGAGACGCGAGCGGUCUAUGGCCACAGUGCAGAGAAGCAUAUCCGCGAAGAGGAGACCCAAGAAAAUAGAUUAGAAGUGGAGGUGAAAAACGGCGACUCGACUUGGACAGAGGAGUAUCUUGCCGCAUUUGCAAAGCCUGGAUUACCUGAUUACUUUGUUGAUCGCGACUUUCCGGGUUGGCUGGUCUGGGGCAAGAGCUUCAGGGCCGUAAAGGGCCGGCCGGUCGAAUUCGAAGAUUACGACGACUUAGAGAACAAUGUCCGUUCGCAAAUCGGUGGACUUUUGACACGGGACUGGUAUUCAAAGUACUUUGGAUACAUGAAGCAGGAACCGAGAGACGCCACUGCCGAUCGAUUCCGCGUUCAGAAUGCUGCUCUGCUAAUCCAAACGUUUGAUCUUACCCUUAGGGGUGUCACUGCUGCCACUUUUGAGGACAUUAAAGAAUUGAUUGCGGCGGUUUUUGAGGAUGGGACCGAUAAACAUCAACACCGGGCCACUGCGGAAAUUAUGGCCGCGCUCCUAAUAUGCGUGAUGGAGUCACCAGUGGAAGUUCGUGACAAGGUUUGGAGUUACGGAGUCCCGUUUUUGAUGAAAAUUUUCGAUGACGGGCUGACGCCUGAGAAUAUCACUUACUGGAUGACUUGCCUGCAUAUGAUUAUUGGAGGAAAGGAUCCAAGGCAAGCUCGAGAGAUCUACGAACAGCUUAUAUCCUUCCGGUUAGACAUGUCUUCCAACGCUGCUUUCAAGGAGAGCUCCAAGAUUCAACUACUAGAGUUUGCAAUUCAAGAUGCUGGAUGGCAUUUCCGCUUCGAGAUGCCUAUUUUGGAAGAUUUUCUCGCACAUAUCGACCAUCCAUACAAAUCCGUAAGAGAGGCCAUUGGACGUACUAUUGCGGCCAUCUAUCGUACGCGUUACUAUGAAGCAUUCAAAGAUGUUCCCACUUUGCUUGCCGCUAAUAAAGCUGCAUCAUCAAUUGGUAUCAAACCGUACACGCCAAGCGAACAUUUUGGCUCAACUGUCAAAGACGUGUUCGAGCGACUGGAAGUCUGGCGUAAGGAGAGAACUCCUGGUGACCAGGCGCCAUCAUCAUACACUUCUGGUAGCAAGACGGUCUUGUUAUGGCUAGAUACUACCUUCCAAUCCCACGAGUGUACGCAGCUUCUGGAUUAUAUCCCUGAUGUCUUCAUGGAACAAGUUCUGCAUAUGAUGGAUGUCAAGGAAGAUAUUGAACUGCAGCGCCUUGCUUAUCAGGUCUUCCGUCAUCUACCAAACAUUCCUUUCCCAGCUGGAGAGGAUGGGAACUUCGUCAACGCUCUCGUUCGCAUCGGCAAAACCUCCACAUCAUGGCAUCAACGCCUACGUACCCUGAUCAACAUGCAAAUCCUCUAUUUCCGUCGCAUCUUCCUCAUCCGUACUGAACAACAAGAAGCUCUCUUCGCCGCCGUAGCCGAUAUGCUCGAAGACUCCCAGCAUGAAGUCCGAAUGGGCGCUUCCACUACCCUUGCGGGUAUGAUCCGCUGUUCCCCUGUCGCUCUCCGCAAUAACAUCCUUCCGACCCUGAAAACAAAAUUUACCACAGCCUUGCGCAAAAACCCUAUGCCCAAGAAAACUCCCGGUACUAGUACACCGGUCAAUACCAAUCAACAAGUUAUUCGCCGUCAUGCUGCUGUACUCGGUUUAGGGGCUUUGGUAAAUGCGUUUCCAUAUGCAACACCACCUCCUGAGUGGAUGCCUGAGAUUCUCGCUAUGCUUGCUAGCAAGGCAGCCAAUGACGCUGGUGCAAUUGGAAAGACUGUCAAGACUAUCCUUGCGGAUUUUAAGAAGACGAGACAGGACACUUGGGUCACUGAUCAAAGGUAUUUCACUACGGAGCAAUUGGAGGAUCUAGAAGGUGUCUUGUGGAAAUCAUAUUUUGCGUGA